UGGCGUCAUCGUAAAGAGGGGGAGGAGCCAAUAAAACGGAAAGGGCUGAGUUUAACUUCCUUAUUUAGAGAAAACAGGAUAAAAAAUAUUUAAACACCAAAAAGAAAGGUUGAGAAGAUGAGAGUUUGUGUGGAGGAAGAGGACGGAGCAGAGUCUCCAGGAUCCAGGUGUGUGUCUAUGAAGAAGGACUCGUCCAGAUGUGAGCCUCCAUCAUUCAGUUCUGAACCUGGAGCCUCAGACACAAAAGAGAAGAAGAGGAGCCGUGUUCCUGUGGAGGAGCAGCCGUCCUGCUGUGCUGUGUGCUGUCCAGUCUGUAUCAGUUGUGGACACUGGUUCUGCAGACAGUGCAUUGCCUCAUACUGGGACCAGUCUGGACGAUCAGGAGACUCUUCCUGUUCCCAGUGUGUGAAACAAUCCAGGACCAGAACUGGACUGCAGACGGACCGUCAGACCAGCAUUGUCCAAACAGAUGUUGCUUUGCAGGAGGCUUUAGAUGAACAUAAGCUCAGUCUGAGGAGCAGAUGUGAACGUGUGACUGAAGGAGGUGAAACAGGAAGUGGAGUCCUCCUCACCAGCAUCUACACUGAGCUCUACAUCACAGAGGGACCGAGUGAAGAGGUGAACACCCAACAUGAGGUGAGGCAGUUGGAGACAGCUUCCAAGAAGAAGACCCUCCAUGAGGCUCCCAUCAAGGUCCACCACAUCUUUAAAGCCUCCUCUGACCCACACAGACCCAUCAGACUGGUUCUGACCAACGGCGUCGCUGGCGUUGGAAAAACCUUCUCUGUGCAGAAGUUCACUCUGGACUGGGCCGAGGGCCGGGAAAACCCAGACCUCAGUGUUGUGGUUCUGCUGUCGUUCAGGGAGCUGAACCUGAUCAGAGAUCAGCGGCACAGUCUUCUCACACUGCUCCAUGUUUUCCAUCCAAAGCUCCAGAAGGUCCCAGCAGAGCAGCUCGCUGUCCUGAAGCUUCUGUUCAUCUUUGACGGCCUGGAUGAAAGCAGACUCUCACUGGGCUUCAGCCACAGGAAGGUUGUGUCUGACGUCACACACAAGUCAUCGGUCAACGUGCUGCUGACCAACCUCAUCCAGGGGAACCUGCUUCCAUCCGCUCUGGUCUGGAUCACUUCCCGACCCGCAGCGACCCAUCAGAUCCCUCCUACAUGUGUGGAUAGGGUCACAGAAGUACGAGGCUUCACCAACGCCCAGAAGGAAGAGUAUUCCAGGAGGAGAUCCAGCCACGAGCAGCUGUCCAGCAGAAUCAUCUCACACGUCAGGAUGUCUAGGAGCCUCCACAUCAUGUGUCAGAUCCCAGUGUUCUGCUGGAUCACUGCUACGGUUCUGGAGUACAUGUUGACUACAGAGCAGAGAGGAGAGCUGCCCAAGACCCUGACGGACCUGUACUCACACUUCCUGCUGGUCCUGACCCAGAGGAAGAGGAACAAGUACCAUGAGGGACAUGAGACCAGUCCACAGGAGCUGAUGGAGGCUGACAGGGAAGUUCUCCUGAAGCUGGGGAGGCUGGCGUUCAAACAUCUGGAGGAAGGAACCAUCAUGUUUUACCAAGAAGACCUGGAGCAGUGUGGUCUAGACGUCACAGAGGCCUUGGUUCACUCAGGAGUCUGUACAGAGAUCUUCAGGAGAGAGAGUGUGAUCUUCCACAAAACAGUCUACUGCUUUGUUCAUCUGAGUGUUCAGGAGUUUCUGGCUGCUGUUUACAUGAUGCACUGUUACAUCAGUGAGAAGGAGGAGGAACUGGAGAACUUCCUAAAAGAAUCCAAACACAGAGGAUCAAUCUUUACAAAGAUAAAACUGUUGUUUGUGAGUAAAACAAAUCAACACAAUGAUGAGCUUCAUCCUAAAACUCUCUCAUCCCUGGAUGAGUUUUUGUGUAGAACCAUGUUUAAAUCCCUCCAGAGUCCAGGUGGCCACCUGGACCUGUUUGUUCGCUUCCUUCAUGGCCUCUGUCUGGAGUCCAACCAGAGAAUCUUAGGAGGUUUGCUGGGUCACACAGAGACCAGUCCAGAAACCAUCCAGAAAAUCAUCACCAACCUGAAGGAGAUAAGGAAUGAUGAAAUCUCUCCAGACAGAAGCAUCAACAUCUUCCACUGUCUGAUGGAGAUGAACGACCACUCAGUCCAUCAGCAGAUCCAAGAGUUCCUGAAGUCAGAGAACAAAUCAUGGAAGGAACUCUCUCUGAUCCAGUGCUCAGCUCUGGCCUACAUGCUGCAGAUGUCAGAGGAGGUUCUGGAUGAGUUGGACCUUAACCAGUACAGCACAUCACUGGAGGGACGACGGAGACUGAUUCCAGCUGUGAGGAACUGCAGAAAGGCUCAACUUUCUAUCUGUGGACUCACAAAAACUCACUGUGAAGUUGUGGCCUCAGCUCUGAAGUCUAACCCAUCACAUCUGACACUUCUGGACCUGAGUGGAAACAACCUGCAGGACUCAUCAGUAAAGGUUCUGUGUGCUGGACUGGAGAGUCCUCACUGUCGACUGGAGACUCUGAGAUUGUUUGACUGCAGUUUGUCAAAGGUCAGCUGUGAUUCUCUGGGUUCAGCUCUGAUGUCCAACCCGUCACAUCUGACAGAACUGGACCUGACCUUCAACAACCUGCAGGAUUUAGGAGGGAAGCAUCUGUGUGGUUUUCUGGAGAGUGGUCACUGUCGACUGGAGACUCUGAGAUUGAUUGGCUGCAGUUUGACAGAGAUCAGCUGUGAUUCUCUGGGUUCAGCUCUGAAAUACAACCCGUCACAUCUGAAACAUCUGGAUCUGAGUGACAACAAGCUGCAGGAUUCAGGAGUGAAGCGUCUGUGUGGUUUUCUGGAGAGUCGCCACUGUCGACUGGAGACUCUGAGAUUGAUUGGCUGCAGUUUGACAGAGAUCAGCUGUGAUUCUCUGGGUUCAGCUCUGAAAUCCAACCCGUCACAUCUGAAACAUCUGGAUCUGAGUGACAACAAGCUGCAGGAUUCAGGAGUGAAGCAUCUGUGUGGUUUUCUGGAGAGUCGCCACUGUGGACUGGAGACUCUGAGAUUGAAGAGCUGCAGUUUGUCAGGGAUCAGCUGUGAUUCUCUGGUCUCAGCUCUGAAGUCCAACCCGUCACAUCUGACAGAACUGGACCUGAGUGAGAACAACUUGCAGUAUACAGGAGUGGAGCCUCUUCUUGACCUGCAGCAGAGUCCUGACUGUCGACUGCAGACUCUGAGCUGGUUGACGUGGGAGUUUGUGUGUAUAGGGUACUGACUGGUCCAUGUUACUGGGAACAGAGCUUCAUCCACAACUGACUGACAGAGGAACCAGAACCAGUGGAGAUGACUUUGUGUGAACUGAUCUGAGACCAGCUGCUCUGUGUAUAGUCCACCAGGAUCAUGUGGGAAAUGGAGUGUGUGGUGCAGUAGUUACAGUGGAUAUCGAGGACAGUGACAUGUACUGUUUGAAUACAACUUGUAUCUUUCUGUUUUUUUACAUCCUUCAUUUAGGAUCAAGGAUAAAAAGCUGUUGUUUAAUAUAAUGAUCUAAUUUCCUAACCAACAUGUUAGAACCCAGAAUGUGAGCUGGGUCUGGGUGGACUCUUCCAAUUAUGGGUUCUGUUUCCUCAUCUCCUUCCUCGUUUGUGCUGUGUCUCUGUGUGUGUGACUGAGUUGAGACCUUGUGUGACAGCUGUCAGUGAGUGAGUGAGGCAGUGGGGAGGAUAUGGAGGAAGAGCCAGCACCACAAAGACUACGCUCACAUGUCUGGGAGCACUUUGACCUCAUCCACCCAAAAAGGUCAAGUGUCUGAUUUGUAGAGCAGCAACACGUCAUCAAUGCUGCAUCAUCUGCCUCCAAACAGCCAGAAACCACAGCUACCACAGCAGGUGCAGGUGGAGCAGGAGCCAACAUGCAGCUUUACCUUUACCUUUAUCAUUGGUUUCUACUGAAACACAGAAUCUAAAUGGAUCAAGCUGAGGUGGAUGAGACACUGGUGAACAUGAUGGUGUUGGAUGCAGCCUUUCAGAGGCUUCAGGGCCUUUGGACAGAAGCUUGACCCACAUACUUCAGCGUGGCUUCUUCUUUGGGCUGCUUCGACGCAGUGUAAUGGAAAAAUUUUGCCUUUGUGCUAUUUCUUAUCCAACACAGUCGUCAUGUGCUGGUUAGGUGUAAUACUGAACAUUCUUACACAAACAAAUAAUCUCUUGCGGCCUGUCGUACAUCAAGUCUAAACAUCUGAUGUUCCAUUUGACUGACUAAUAGUUUAUGAUAUAUGUUUGUCUUUUACACCUGGACUCUGGCUCCAUCCUAUCUGACUCCCCACCAGACCCAAGGCUGUUAAAGCGAAUGCAUCUUGUCUUGGAAGCUCGGUGUUCCUUCCUUUGGAUACUUCACCGUCUUGCGCAACAUCUGACAGCAAGACACCUUGAGAUUCUUUCAAACUUAGGCCCAGUUAAAUUCUUAGGAAGAGAUCUGAUGUGUAGUUUAGGUAUUUGAUUGAUUUCCACUCCAGACGUAGUGCAGGUUACAUCUACAGACAUUCUAAAUAAUCCCUCUUUUGUUGGUGUUAACUUCAGCUCAGCUGUACUCUUAUCAUUGGCUGCUGAGGGGGGGCUGUAACUGAGGCCCUCACACAGGCUGCAUCACAGCUUGUUUCCCAAUGUGAAACGACCUCCAGCGACGCAUCUGACCUGUCCUGUACAGCACAUGUGUCUUCUGGUCCUGAAGACAGGUUUGAAGAGUUAUGAUUUCACACACACACUGACAAACUGACCUCAACUUCCCUCUUUUGGGAUGAACACAAGUCUGCGCUUGCGAUUUCUCUUACUAACGAACAAAAAGAUUUUUGAAUUUUAUUCUACAGUUCCACACGUCCCUCUGUGAAAACAUGAUGGAGACAGAUGACAGGACGUGGGUCCUUUCGUGAACAGAUGUCAACGGGGUGGAGACUGGUGAACGACUUCUGACCCCAUGUGACGUAUUUAUCGACAUUACAUGCUUUUGUUUUUAUUUUUAUUUUUCAGAGGACGCUCUAAAGUAACACUCAGCCUUACAGGAAGCCCUGCUUCCCUGUGACUCACACACAGACAUGAUGUAGGUUUGAUCAAAAGAUAUGAACCAGUGGUCAUCACACCUAAAUCUGACCAUGAAUUCAAAAAACAACACCCUCUUAAAGGAAGCCAUAGAUGGCGUUACCACAGACACCACUAAGCUACUGAAACAUUGGAUGCUACAGGCCACAAAGAGAGCCUGUCUAAAUUACAGUUUGUUCAGACUAAGAUUAUUUUUCUGGGUUAUUGUAAUUACAGCUGAUGGCAAAUCCAUCUCACCCAACAGAGUUGAAGCAAUUUGAAACCUGCCUAAACCGUGCACGUAUAAACAGCCGAUAUCUUUUCUAGGUCUUUGUUCUUAUUGUAGGACUUUCAUUCCUAACUUUACUGUCUUUGAGGCCCCACUCAGGGUUCUGAUGCAGACGUCUUCAUCGUCCACUUCUUCUCUCACGUGGAUGUCUGAGGCUGAACGACGUUCACUGACCUCAUGCUUGCUCUUCAGUCGGCUCCUACUUUGGGUCUCCCUGAUCUGACCCUACGCGACCUUUCACUCAAACAGUGGAUGAGAAAUCAGGUUGUACGACUUCUGUUCUUUUGUCCUCAUACUGUGUCUUUGAUUAUUUUGGAAUAGAAAACAUCACAUCUUUUCACAGCUCGAUGGCUUAGAUGCAACACCACCUUACUCAACAUGCUGAACAUUACUAUCAAGAGGCCGUCUUGAAGUCUAGUGCUUUGCUAAGACACUACUCUGCUCAGGCUGCAGAGUUGACCGCGUUGACUGAAGUUAGUAAACUAGCAAAAGGAGAGUCUGUUACCAUCUACACAGCCUCCACAGACGGUCUGUGGAAGCAUAGCAAGCUUUUGAAGUCUGAUUGCAAACCUAUCUUACAUCAUGAUAAGGUUGCUGCUUUGCUCGACGCUGUCCUGCUGCCUACAGCUAAUGCUGUUUGAUGGUGUGAGUCGGACAGUUCCAGUGACAACUUUGUUUCUGCCGACAUACAGCUGCAGACGCUGCUGCAAAGGUCGCUGCCCAACAACCCCUCCCUCUCCUGAUCCUUGUUUUCUCUCCAACUCUCUCUAUCCUUUCCUUCCUCUCUCCCUGUGCUUUUAACAUUUUCUGCCUCACAGGAACGCAGACUCUGGCAGACGAAUGGUUCCACCUGUAGCCAUGCAGUCUGGUUUGGGCCUGAUGGCAAACUGUGCCGCCCAAACACUUUUUCCCCAAAAUUUAGAUUUCCCAAAAAGAUUUGAGAAGGACGACCCUCGUUGUGCUCACACACGCACUGAGGCGAGGCUGCGUUGACCGUUCAGCUAAAGGUGUGAGCCAUGCGCUGCCUGAAGCUGCGCCGGUGAAUCACACUAUCAGACCAUACAUCUACACACACGUUCCUGAGAAAACACACACACGAGCAGCCUUGAGUUGCUGACGCUGGACGACGUGUAGAAGAACUCCAACGAACUGUCAAUGCGUCAACACACAGACGCAAAUCUACAAUUAAAGAUCUGAAAGUUAUCCCACCGGUUAGAAUAGAAUGCCUUUAUUAGUCCCACAGCGGUGAAAUUCCCAUCAGCAGCCAGGUUACCCGGCGCUAUUCCGACAGUGGAAGCAAUUGCAGUACAAACAAUAAUUAGAGGUCUCAUCAUGCGUGCGACCUCAGCAACACUCUCGUAUCAAAUGACACAAUGCACUAUGUUCAGAAACCCCAACUCUAAUUCACUUCACUUAGUCUUAGGCUAUCCGAUCACAAAAUAUAAUCUGAUACAAAUACGAUUAUUGACUUAUUUUCUUCGCAUGCCUAUACAGAGGUUAUUCUUGUGUAACUACCCACCAAAACAGCUACCAAACUUUUGUCCCUAAGUUACUUACAUUUUAUGCGAAGGUGUAUUUUUGAAUCUUGACUUAAUACACUCACUGUUUCAAUUGUAAGGGCUGUUAUUAUUUCAAAAUGCAAUGUUUGACAAUUUUUAUUAUUUUAGUGUUUGAUUAAUGUGUAAUCAAAAGGGGGGAAUGUAAUGGAAAAAUUUUGCCUUUGUGCUAUUUCUUAUCCAACACAGUCGUCAUGUGCUGGUUACGUGCAAUACUGAACAUUGUUACACAAACAACUAAUCUCUUGUGCCCUGUCGUACAUCAAGUCUAAACAUAUGAUGUUCCAUAUGACUGACUAAUAAUUUAUGAUAUAUGUUUGUCUUUUACACCCGGACUCUGGCUGUUAAAGCGAAUGCAUCUUGUCUUGGAAGCUCUGUGUUCCUUCCUUUGGAUAACAAGACAUGAUGAUGCAGAAGUGAGAAAGCAAACAUUCUCACUCACAGUGAGAUAAAGUGGCACAAACAAUUCUAUUGGUGCAGAGAGACAUUCCACCAGAGCCAGAGAAAGGGGUUAAAAGGCAGAGACAACUUGAGGAUCGUGGGCUUUUUGCAUCACACCUUUGUGGUGUGUGCACUGAUCUCCCCAGCUGGUUUUUGGUUUGUUGAUGUGCACGAUCAACAUCCAUGCUUUUUAUUUGCUUUCCCCAUUAUUUUUAUUUUCUUUGUUAUUUCAAUAAAUCGCACAAAAGGACAACUCUC